UCGAUUGCUGUCAAUGUAUCCAGAAAAAAACUCGGUGCCGUGAAGAAAGAAACUCUACGUGCAAAUUGCUUGAAACUGGCAGAAUUUGCACAAGAAUUUGCAAAUAACAAUUAUUACCGCAAGCCGGUUGCAUUUAUAUGGAAAAGCCAGUCAAAUUGACUUGAGAAGCACAUAUUGUGCACAAGAAAUCGAGUGGAAACGACAUAUAUCGUGAGACAGAAGGUGAAAAACGUUCCAAAGGAGGGCACCACAAAAGGAAGGCAAAAGAAAAAAUCAACGAGAAACGAUUUAAAAGCGAACACAAAUAAAAGAUACGCCUUAAAACAACAAGGAAACUAAUCAACUGACUAACCGACCAAUCUAUUAAACAACCAAACGACCGGACGAGAGUAAAAGAUAAAAUACGAGUAAAACGAUUGAACGUGAAAUAAGAACAAAUACAAAUAAAAGUGAUUUUAGACAAACAGCGGCAGCAACCGCAAUAACAACAGCAGCCGCUGAAGCAGCACUCGCGCCCUGCACACACGCGCUCCAAUGUCAAGCGGCCAAGCAAACUUCGGCGGCGACAGCAAUGGGGCAGGCGGCGGCAGUGGUGGCGGUGGUGGAGUGGGGAAUACAGCAGCACAAGCGGCGUCACAACCGCAACAGCAACAACAGCCACCACCACAAAUUAUGGGCGCUUCAUCGACUACCGUCGUCGCAGAUACAGUCAAUAUGGCAGCAGAUUCGUCACCGCGUGAGUCAGGUGACGAUUCAGAGGACGAAAGUGAAAUCCUUGAGGAGUCACCAUGUGGGCGAUGGUUGAAAAGACGCGAAGAAGUUGAUCAACGUGAUGUGCCCGGUAUCGAUUGUGUUCAUCUGGCUAUGGACACCGAAGAGGGCGUGGAAGUUGUUUGGAAUGAGGUGCAAUAUGCCAACUUGCAGGAGCUUAAGUCGCAGGAAGAAAAAAUGCGUCAAGUGUUCGAUAAUCUAAUGCAAUUAGAUCAUCAGAACAUUGUCAAGUUCCAUCGCUAUUGGACAGAUACGCAGAAUACAGAAAGACCACGCGUCAUAUUCAUUACGGAAUACAUGUCGUCGGGGUCACUGAAACAGUUCCUCAAACGCACUAAACGUAAUGCCAAACGGUUACCAUUGGAAGCGUGGCGCCGCUGGUGCACACAGAUUCUGUCCGCGCUUAGCUACUUGCAUUCCUGCACACCGCCUGUCAUACAUGGCAAUCUCACCUGUGAUAGCAUUUUCAUACAGCAUAAUGGUCUGGUGAAAAUCGGUGCCGUUGUGCCCGAUGCGGUACACUACAAUAUGCGCCUGCAUCAUCGCAGCGAUCAAAACGAAACGCAUCACUUCAUGGCACCCGAAUAUGGUGCUGCCGAGCAGUUGACUGCCGCCGUUGACCUUUAUGCUUUCGGCAUGUGCGCACUGGAAAUGGCUGCAUUAGAAAUCCAACCCAGCGGUAGUGAAACGACGACCAUCAAUGAGGAGACGAUAUUGCGCACCAUUAAUAGUCUGGAGCAUGAUUUGCAGCGCGAUCUAAUAUUUAAAUGCUUACGCCGGAAUCCAGCAGAGCGCCCAAGCGCAAAUGAUUUGCUAUUUCACCCAUUACUAUUUGAGGUGCACUCACUGAAACUGCUGGCCGCUCACUGUCUGGUGUUCGCACCCAAAAAUCGGAUAAUGUUUUCGGAAACUGUCAUAGAUGCCAUGAUGCAGCGCUAUAACCGCCCUGAAGUGAUCAUGGCCCGGGUAUCAUGUGGAGGAGAGGAGAAGGACUAUCGCCUCUCAGACGUGCCUACAGCAGAUAAGCUGGAGAAAUUCGUGGAGGACGUCAAAUAUGGUGUGUAUCCGUUGACCGCACUGGGUGGCAAGAAACCGCCACACUUUCGUUCGCGUGCAGCAUCCCCAGAACGUGCCGACUCAGUUAAGUCUGCUACGCCUGAACCAGUUGACAUCGAGUCACGACGCAUUGUGAAUAUGAUGUGUAGUGUUAAGAAAUUGAAAGAUGACAGUAGUGAUAUUGCCAUGACGAUACUGUUACGUAUGGACGACAAGAUGAACAGGCAAUUGACAUGUCAGGUGACGGAAGCGGAUUCGGCUUCCGAUCUCACCAAUGAACUGGUGCGCCUGGGUUUCGUGCAUAUCGAUGACCAAGACAAAAUACAAACGCUGUUAGAGGAGACGCUUCGGGGCAGCUUUGCUGCGAACACCGGCGGCGUCUGCCCUUUCGAGCAGGGUGCACAAGCGCUGACAUUUAGUGCCACUGUCAACGAGCAUAUGCCGGGCGGUAUCGGUGUGAGUAUUUGUGCCGGUGGUGCAGGUGGGGCCACCGCCGCUGGUAGCUUUGGUACAAUUGGAAUGGCUAGUGGCGGCAUUUCCAAUACUGAAGGCCUCAAUAUGAACGUGAAUUCCAAUGUGCCUGGAAAUGUUGGCGUAAAGCCGGCAACGGCAGCGACUUUGGCGGCACUCAAUCAGAUGGAGCGCAAUUGGUCUGUAGCUGAUACGGAUCCUAAUGCCGUAUUAGGAAACGCAAAUUUGCAAGCGACAAAUAUGGGUGCACAAAUGGCUGCCACAAUGUACAAUAUGCAACAACAGCAACAACAAUUGCAAGCGCAGCAUCAAGUACAGUCGAUGCCACCUCAGCCGCAAAUGCAGAUUCCCUUACAGCAGCAGCAACAACAACAGCAGCAGCAGGUGCUACCCACAUCGCCACCAACAGCUGUCACACUGCCACCAUUUCCAGUGCAUACACCACAACAAAUAUUGCAAGAGCAGCAAAUCGAUGGGCCGGCAGUGUCUUUAACUGGCACGAUAAAUAGCAUAAGUACACCCCAACAACACUAUUCAAACGCCCAACAUCAAAUUAUUCACUCUUCCAAUCCAACCGAACUAACUGAAAUUAUGACAGCUGCCACGACACCAUCUACUGUAACCGCCACAAACGCCUCGAACUCCUCAACCUCCUCUACUAUUAAUUAAUAGUAUUUAUGCUAUAUUGAUAUUCAUGAAACUGAAGUUGUAGAAGAAAAAAUAGAGUUAUGGAAGAUAGGGGGAAAUUUAUAUUUUUAAAUUGCAAACUAGAGCUUGGGCACCACUCAGUUGUGACGGUUAGCCCUUUGCGUUAUCAAGUCAGUCAGACAAAUUUUUUUUUUUUAUUUUACGAGUAUAAUGAUUAUGAAUAUUUUUUAUAUAGUCUACAAAAAAAAAUAAUGUUUUUAAUUAUAUUUCGAAAAGAGAUAAAAUAAAAUUCAAAAACUAAAAUUUAAAAAUGCUAAAGAUAUAAGCAAAAAGUAAAGACAAAGUGCAACAUGUGCAAAAAAUAAAGUUUUUAAAUAGAGUUUAGCUAUAAAUUGUGUAAGAAGGCUUCCAGCAGCGUUGGUGCAUGCGUAGCGACUAUUUGAGCAGAUAUUUCGGCACAGGUGGCCCGAGAAAAAGUAUUUAACGAAAAAGUUGUUUGUAUCUUAUGCUUAGCAGCAGCAGCGCGAAGUAUAACAAUUAGCAAUAGCAAAUGAUAUACGUACACAGGUGUUCUUGUAAAGGGCCAACAACACACCAUGCAUUAGUGGACAUUGGUGAAAGAAAAUGCAUUGCUCGCGUUCAAUGCUGCUUGGCGCAGUAUAAUGGCAACCGCGAUGUAGACGUGUGUUUGUUGGGCGUUGAAUGUGGCCACAAUGGCGUUGAAACGUCAUGUGUUCCAACUAUUCAAUGCAAUUAAUAUGCAAAGGAGACGUGCAGGCGAUAGCUUAAUAAAUGUAUUUAUUAUAUUUGAAGUUUUAAAUACACUGCAAAAAUAAAAUAAGCAUGAAGAAUAAAGUUUACUACUUACAAACACAAAAAAAUUACAUGCAUGCAUACAAGACAGCAUACAGACUCGCAUACUACAUUCAUAUAUAUUUACAUACGUACAUAAACACAAACAAUAUUGCAAAAACACGUACAUGCAACACAGUAUCCAAAUAUAAUUGUGCAUUAAAAUGCCCGCGCAAGCGAACUUAAAUAAAUCAAUAAUAAUCAAUGAAAUGCUUCAUCCAUAAUACAAUAUAAUGAAAAAAAAAACAAA